GGGCUGCGAGGUGACGCGCGUGGGGACCGCGCUGGCCCAGCCCACGUGUCCGCGAGAUUUAAAAGUUGGCGGCGCGCGGGGAGGUCAGCUUGGCGGCGGAGCCCCGCGAGCAGCGCGCCCGGGACGCAGAGGCACUGCCAGGGCCCCGCGUGGAGUGCUGACCCGCGCAGCUCAGGCUUCGAGCUCCGAGCCGCCAAGCGCCGAGAUGCCGCGAGCAGCGAACCGCCGCCCCCGGCCGCCCGCCGGACAGGUGGCCGCCGCGUCCCGGCCCCUGCUGCUGCUGCUGCUCGCCUGUUGCGCGGGCACCUGCCUUGGUGCUCCAAUAUUAUCUCAAGGACUACGGCCUGAACAAGAACUACAGCUGUGGAAUGAGAUAGAUGAUGCCUGUUCGUCUUUCCUGUCCCUUGAUUCUCAGCCUCAGGCAUCCAAUGCACUGGAGGAGCUUUGCAUCACAAUUAGGAGGACUCUACCAAAGCCCCAGGAAACAGAUGAAAAAGAUAAUACCAAAAGGUUCUUAUUUCAUUAUUCGAAGACACGGAAGUUGGGCAACUCAAAUGUUGUGUCGUCUGUCGUGCAUCCGUUACUGCAGCUUGUUCCUCACCUGCAUGAGAGAAGAACGAAGAGAUUCAGACUGGACGAAGAAUUCCAAGGUCCUAUUGCAAGCCAAGUUCGGAGACAGUUUUUAUUCAGGCCACGCAAUGGAAGAAGGUCAGAAGGUUACAUUUAAAAUGGACCAGCAAUUUUCCACAGAAGCAGCAAAAUGUUGACAUUUUGUUUUCUUCUCAAAAACAAUCCUUGCUAAACUUACUGUAUUUAACAAUCCCUGU